AUGUCUGGGAAAAAAGAGCGAUUACUGUUGGACGUGAUCGGUAGCCUUGAAGAUGCCGUGGAACAGAACCCUCUAGAUUAUAAGAAGUGGGCUCAGUUGAUAGAGCAGGUUGUGUCUAAAGACAAGGAAGAACAGGUGAGAGCCACUUUUGACAAGUACUUCACGAUAUUCCGUUUUGAUGCUCGCCAAUGGAAUAACUACGUUAAUUUUGAGCUUAAUAGGGGACAAUUCAACAAUGUCGAACAGAUCUUUGCCAAGUGUCUUCCCAUCACCAACGAUGUGGAUCUUUGUAGAACAUAUGUCUCAUAUGUUCGUCGAGUCAACGAUGUCAUCACAGGUGGCGAAAAGGCAAGAACCACAGUUCUUUCGGCCUUUGACUUCGCUGUCAACAAGGUCGGGAUUGAUGUCGAUAGUGCUGAGUUGUGGAAGGACUAUCUCGACUUCUUCAAAUCGUGGACACCUUCCUCAUCGUGGGAACAACAACAAAAAACCGACCUCAUCCGUCGCUUGUACAAAAGAUGCCUUGUUAUUCCUGUCGCCAAGAUUGAAUCUACCUGGGCCGAAUACACAAAAUGGGAAAACGACGUUUCAACGCCGAACAGCGCCAGUAAGUUUAUUGCUGAUCUCUCUACAUCAUAUAUGGAGGCACGUUCAUGGAAUACAGAAUACAAAAAUGCUACCAAGGGCCUGUUGAGAAGAAGAACCAUACCGAUGACUCUACAAGACGACAACAACGGCGUCUUAGCCGCACAGAUAGAUCUCUGGUUCAGAUGGUUGGAAUUGGAGAAGAAGAACCAUCUCAACUUGAGAGACCAUGAGGUACGCCAAAGAGUGGAAUAUGUGUUCAAGCAAGCUACUUACACGCUUCCAUUUGUGCCUGAAGUGUGGUUUCGUUUCAACAGGUACAUGUUAUCUGAGAGCGAAGAAGCAAACAGACAAAGAUGCAUAGAGUUGAUGACAGAAGGCUUCAAGUUGAAUCCUGGAAGCUUCCUUGUCGCUUUCCAACUCAGUGAGCUUCUCGAAAAGGACAGCUCUCACGAUAAAGCCGCCGAAGUAUUAAGCAACCUCAUCACACAUCUCUCCAAGCACCACGACACGCUCAAACAGAGUCUUGAUACAUUGAACGCUAAAGUCAAGGAGAGAGCGUUGAAUGGUCAGCAAACUCAAAAAGGGGAUGAUAGUGAUGAUGAUAUGAUUGACAACGGUCAUGUUGAAGUGAAGCUUUCUGAAAGUGAGGCGCUCGAGAUUCUCGACCUCGAAUCAAAACUCGAUGAUCUGAGCAGAUCCGUCACUUUAGCGUAUAUAAAUUUGAUGGCCUUGAGUAAAAGAACACAAGGUAUUAAGGAGGUCCGUGCUGUGUUCAAGCGAAGAAAGAACUUCGAGGACCUUGGCUACGAGUUCUACGUUGAGAAUGCUUUGACAGAGUACUACUCCGAUAACAAAAAGAUCGCUGACAGAGUGUUUGACUUGGCAAUGAAAAACUUUAGCCUGGAUGGAGACUUUCUCUAUGCCUACUUGGAUUACUUGAUCCUCACCAACUCCAUUGAAAGUAUCAAAGUGGUCUUUGAGAUGGCUCUCACGAACCUACAGCAGCAGAUAUCUGAGGACCUGGAGUCCAUCCAGCUCACGAAGGGCAACAUACUAGAUCAGAAGAAACGAACUGUCAGGCUCAAAAAGAGCCAGACGGCUAUGAAGCGCAUCAUCAAAAGGUAUAUACGAUUCGCUUACAACUAUCUCGAUCUUGAUACCGUUUGCGCCCUUGAAAGUCGUUACUUGCACUUGUUCCCUGAUGAUGACGAGUUGAGUUUGUUCAUCGAUCGUUACAGAGGGUCCGCGUUGGAUGCCAUUGCCAAGUACGAUUUGUGUGCUGAGUUGAAGCUGGACUCUGAGGACGAAGAGGAAGAGGAACAAACUAAAAAGUCCCGCAAAGGAAGGAAGCGUCGGAAGUUGUCCGCAUCUGAGGACAACUACUCACCUGAAUCUGUGUCUGGUAGCGCCGGUAACAGCUCCAUCGUUGGCCAGGGACAGAUCAACAGCUCUCAGGUUGGCCAACCAGAGAACCAGUUUGGUUUUGUCGGAAACACCAUAUAUAGCCUUCUCCAGGUGUUGCCCAAUGCUGGAUACUUCGGGCCCCCUGGUGAGCACAUCUUCAACAGCUCAAAGUUGGUUGAGCUUUUUAAUAAUCUACCUGAUCUUCCAGGUGACAACUAA